AUGUAUGCUAGGAAGGGUGGAAACAGAUUCUGGAAGAGUGUUGGUCUUGGUUUUAAGACUCCUAGAGAAGCUAUUGAAGGAACUUACAUUGACAAGAACUGCCUUUUCACUGGUGGUGUCUUCAUUAGAGGUCGUAUUCUUUCCGGAACAUGCCACAAUGCGAAAAUGGUGAAGACCAUUAUCGUACGUAGGGACUACUUCCAUUAUGUGAAGAAAUACCAAAGAUAUGAGAAGAGGCACUCAAACACUCCAGCUCACAUUUCUCCAUGUUUUUGUGUGAAAGAAGGUGACCGAGUCACAAUUAGACAGUGCAGACCAUUGUCAAAGACUGUGAGGUUCAAUGUGUUGAAGGUAAAUCCAGCUGGAUCUUAUGGAAGUACUGGGAAGAAGGCAUUUGCAGGCUUCUAAGGAAAAGCUUUAUCUUGAAUUUGAUUUGCUGGUUUUGUAGUGAUACUUGUUUUUUUUUAACAGUUUGGUUUAAAUGUUUCGGUAGAUGUAUUUUUUUUACUUUGAUGUUCGCAAUUAUGGUAUGAUUGUAAACAUUAAAAAUCAAAUUUUGAUUUGGAAUU